UUUAUAUAAACGAUGUUAUAUUCGUAUUUCGUAUUUACCCAAAAAUUAUGUCAAUGGAAAAAAUAACCGGGACUGAGAAUUAUUGCAAAGAAAAAAAUACUGUGUCAAAAAAAAAAAAUACAGAGGAGCGAGCAGUCACAUAAUUUAAAUGAAUGAACUGAAAGAACUGAAAAUCAACAAUAUGAUGAGUGACGAAGAAGUAGAGGUGAUUGAGUCGACGGACAACAAGAAGCUUGAAUUGGACAAUUUCAAUGAUAAUGGAAAGCGUGCGUUGAUCCUUAUGCCUGAAGAUGCACAGAUUUCUGAAAUAGUUCAAAUGGCCGAUAUAAUGCGAAGGGCUGGGAUCAGUGUUGUAAUUGCAAGUCUGGAUGAUUCAGACUGCAUACGGGGCAACAGUAACAUAUUCUGUUAUGCAGACGCAGCGCUUUCUGAUGCCUUGAGAGAACCAUCGUUCGACGUGGUUGUUCUGCCUGGCGGUUUGUUAGGAGCUAAAUCGCUUGGAGAGUCGGAAUUGGUUGGUAAACUGCUGAAAGAAUUUGAGGACAGCCACAAGUGGAUAGUCGCAAUAGGAGAUGCUGUGCCGGUGCUGCGUAAGCAUUAUAUAGGUGCUGGAAGAACUUUUACGUGUCAUCCGCUGAUAAAAUACAAAAUUGAAGGAUCCGAAUACAUGAAGUACAAAUAUAUCGACGAUGACGUACACGUGGAUGGUAAGAUAAUUACCUGCAGAGGUGGUCCGAACACGAUUCAGUGCGCUCUGAAUCUCGUUCAUUUAGUCUGCGGUCGUUACAUUGCUGAAAAUAUUGCGGAAAAAUUGUCUAUCAAAUAUGACGACGGAUACUGCAGAGAGUGUUGUGGAAAUUGUAAAUACUGCUGUCGUGAAGACAAGAAGGAAAUUGAUCCUAAUAUUGCGGAACGAUUUUCGUGCUCGACUUGCUGCGGGGUGAGUUAUUCAGAAAUUGUCGAAUGGGAGGAAUGCAGAGUUCUUUCCAGUAUGUUGGAAAAAGAAUACAUGAUAAAAUAUAAAAUUCAACGACAAGAACUUAAGGAUAGGGAAGAAGACAGGAGCAUAGAGGAGAAAGAAUUACAACAACAAAUCAAAGAAGAUGAAGAAGAAUUAAAAAAACGUAGAGAAAAGUGGACGAAUAUGCCGUGCAUGACUCAGGCAGAAUAUGACAGGUACAUGCGAGAGUAUGCGGAGAGAGAAGAAUCGCGCUACAAUGACAGAAUGCAGAAAAUAUACGAUAGACUACAUAUGAGACUUAAGAAAUCGAGAAGGCACCAGGACAUGAUUGAUUCUAUGAGGAACAUGGAACCGAACGAAAUGGAUGCUGCACUCGCUCAGAUAACUUAGUAGAGUUAGCAAUUUGUAGGAGGAACAGAGAACAAAGAAUUUUAUACUUUAAG